AUGGCGGAGGCGUGGGGCCCCGCCGGGGUGGCUGGCGCGACAGGUGUCGGGGCGCAGCAUGGGAAAUGGGCGCCGCGUGACGUGGACGUGAAUGUGAUGGAUGCGCUGAUCCUCCUCCCAGCGCGCACCCGCGGUUCGAACGCUGGCGACUCCUCAUUUUUACCCUUUUUUCCUCCCUCUCCCCCGCCGCUCCCGCACGCGCCGCUCCCCCGCCGGCCGCCGCUGCCGCCCGCGGCCCCGCCCGCCGGCACGCGCCGCGGCUCACCCUCGUCGACCGACGCUGCCACGCGCGAGGGCCGGGGCAGCCUACGCCGGCCGCCGCUGCCCCGCACCCCUCCCCUGCCGGCCGCCGUUGCCGCUCGAACGCACAGCCGCGGCCCCGCCCGCCGGCAGCCCGCUCGCCCCACGCCCUCGCGCCCAUGCCUCCGCUCGCCCUCGCAGGCGCCGUGUCCGACUCCGGCCUCCCCGACGAGCGCGGGGCUCCGGCUCUCCGCUGCUCCGCCGUCUCCUGCAGCCGACGUCGGACGCGCGCCCCGCCAUCAGGCUCAGGCGCAUUGGAGGCAGCCACCCAACCUCGAUCCGUCAGAGAAGACGAAGUGGCGCGAGCCCAACUGCUGCCGCUGCCGCAAGGACGAGAUGGGCAAGGUCAACAACUCGUACAAUCGGAUGCACAAGGAAUCAGCAGCAGCCAGUUGGGCUCUAGAAGCAUGGAAGUCUUGCCCACGAAAGAAACUUGUCGCAGCCACGGCAGUGACAAUGUUCUGGAACAUGUUUAGUGUGAAGACACGCGUCAUGACAGCCCAUGUGCAAUACAGUUCAUCAACCCUAUCAGCAAAUGGCUCAGUUCUACAGCAAAAUUUCUCUCCAUAGACAGCGCAGGAAACUUACGAGAAUGGCUGAUGGGCAGGACUUUAAGAGACCGACAGAGGGGGGGUUUGAUUAUUACAAUCAUUUGAUGAGUAUUGUUGGCAAUCCUUUUGCUUUCUCUUGGGUGAUGGUUGGAUAUUUGCAACCCAUGUUUUUUUUAUAAUCUGCAAUUUGUCCGUGGCGUUAGCACGGGUAUCUUACUA